AUGGAUGCAAUAUAUUUAGGGUUGUUUGGUAUAGUUAUUGGGUUUGUGUUAUGGUGGUGGAAUGAGUAUUGGUAUGUUCUUCCUCUCAAAUAUAAGUGCUUAAAAUCUUCAACAAAGUUGCCACCAGGUCAUAUGGGAUUACCUUUCAUCGGAGAAAUGAUAAGUUUUCUUUGGUACUUCAAAAUUGUUCGACGUCCUGAUGAUUUUAUUAAUGCUAAGAGACGCAAAUAUGGAGAUGAAGUAGGUAUGUUUAGAACACAUCUCUUUGGGGCACCAUCCAUCUUAGUAUAUACUCCAAAUAUUCACAAAUUCGUGCUACAUAAAGAAGACAGGCUCAUAACAAUAUGGCCCACCAUUGAACUUAUGGGCCGAACUUCAUUGGUGGGUGUCCAUGGAAAGGCCCAUACCCGCGUCCGCAACUUUGUUACCAAUGCCAUCAAUCGGCCCGAUGCCCUAAACCGCAUCGCUACUCUUGUUCAACCUCGCAUGAUCAAUGCUCUUCAAUCUUGGGCUAAAAUCGGCAAAAUCAAUGCCCGACUCGAAACUCAAAAGUUAACAUUCGAGAACAUUGGAAAAUUAUUUAUGGGCAAGGAACCAAGUCCUCUUCUAAAUUCAUUGGAUAAGCUCUAUCAAGAGUUGCUUUUAGGAGUGAGAGCUUAUCCAAUUAACAUUCCUGGUUUUGCAUACCACCAUGCUCUUCAGUGUAGAAGAAAGCUUGAGGAUUUUUUCUGGAUGGAAUUAGAUAACAGAAAGAAUGAAAAAAAGCCAGAAACAAUUGAUCUAAUGGAUGGAUUGAUGAAAAUUGAAGAUGAUGAAGGUGAUAAAUUGAGUGAAAAAGAAGUUAUAGACAAUAUUGUCUCUCUUGUGGCGGCCGGAUAUAUCUCUACUUCUCUUAUAUCUACAUGGGCUAUUUACCUUCUUGCCAAGUAUCCAAUUGUGCUAAAAAAAUUAAGGGAAGAGAACAUGACUUUUACAAAGGGGAGUCCCGAAGAUUUUAUCACAGCUAAAGAUGUUUCAAAUUUAAAAUACACAAACAAGGUCGUUGAAGAAGUGAUAAGAAUGUCCAAUGUUGCAGCUUGUAUUUUUAGAAAAGUUGACACAGAAGUUAAUUACAAAGGUUAUAAGAUGCCAAAGGGAUGGACAAUUAUUCUCUUCCUUCGUUAUCUUCAUACAGAUCCAGAGAAUUUUAAGAAUCCUAUGUAUUUCAAUCCUGAUAGAUGGGAUGAGCCAUUAAUGUCUGGAACAUACCAACCAUUUGGCGGCGGACCAAGACUUUGCCCUGGAAAUACGCUCGCAAGAAUUCAACUCGCAAUUCUACUUCAUCAUUUAUCCAUAGGAUACAGGUGGGAGCUUGUUAAUCCAAAUGCAGAUAUAAUUUAUCUUUCACAUCCUGCUCCAAUGGAUGGGGUCGAAGUUAAGUUUAGCAAAUUGUGA